GAAACUGAUUGGUCGAAGAUGAUGUAUAGGUGUAGCUAAGGAGGCCAUCAAUCCCAGUCCCUAAAUCGGCAAUUAAUUGAAGCGAAGGACUUGAACAAACAUAGCGAAGGCUUGGCAAUGACGGGGAACUCUACUUGUAGCGGCUCCCCAACAAAGACCGCUAAUGGAACACCACUAACUCAAAGCAACGAUUCUUCCUCGAAAACCAGAAGCAAUCUUGUUAAAUCUAAUCAAGACUUGCCCAACUUGAAAGAAGAUAAAAACUUCAGAGUUGUACAGGAUAACCCAGAGGAAGUUAAUGGGACCCCAGCAGGGACUCGUCUAAAUGAAGAAAUGCUGGAACAAUAUUACCGAAAGAGCAAACAAGAAAGGGUGUACAGAAGAAAGUAUGAGGAGGCGGCUUAUUGGGUAGAUGGCUCUAUUCCUAAUGGAGUUCACCCAGUCGAGUUCCGUGAAAAAAUGAAGGAUUUUCAAAAGGAAAACAAAACGAGUUUUUAUACUUGAUUUCUUGUUGUCAAGUUGA